GUGUGAUUUGGGGGUGGGGGCGGAGUUAUUGCCCAUAAUACUGUGCGUGUGUGUGAAUAGGGUCCUCACUGGGCUCCGAAGGUUCACACCACGUUUAGGACUACAGAUGGAUUUUAAACGCAGUUUGCAGCCAAGUCAUUAAUAAUAAUAAUAAUAAAUAUCGGCUGAGUGUUGCUAAUAUUACCUGACACUGAAAUAAUCUGCGCAGCUCCAUGUAGUUUGUUUCGCGUGAACCGUCUUUCACUUCCUGUAAUGUUGUCCAGCAGAACGAAAGCUCGGUGGUCGCCUGGUCUGAAGACGCACGACUACUACAACUACAUCUGGGCAAGCGCGAUUUGCAGGACCUUUUUCGCAGUCUCAUUGAGAUGAGUGGUACAAGCAACAGUGGACAGAGCAUGGCUCUGAAUGAGACUUCCAGUGAUGAGCUGCCACUCAGCAGUGGCGGAGAUCCACCAAGUACCACGGCUUCCAGUAUUCUCAUGUCCAGUGUCAACUUUCCCAGCUCUGCUGCUGCUGCUGCUGCUCUAGACACAAAUGAGGAGGUGGAGCAGGGUCCAACACUAUCUAACACAGGGCCUCGCCAGCCCAAAGAGCCUUCACUACCAAGCCAAAACAGUGGCACCAAGCAGAAUGGCUCCAUCCAACCACAUUCUUCCUCCAUGUCAUCCUCCUCGUCAGCACCUUUGUCACAUCUUACUGACUCUCAGAGACUUACCAAGCUGUUGCCCAGCUCAAUCCCACCCCCUUGCUGUGUCCACUGUCCUUUCCAUGAGUCUGUUUGCUGCAGUGGGACCCAACAGGAAGGCAGCCUUUACCAGGGGCCUUUGCCCUCAAGGUCUCUUCACAUGGGUUCUUUGGGCUCCUGCUGCAUGCAGGGCGCCCCCACUUUUUGCAGACAUCACCACCGCUGGCAGGAGCACUUCCAGAAUCCACCCAACAUGGCUACAUUAAGCCCUGCAAGACCUUUUCGGUUCCCCAAAAGUUAUGCAGAGCUCAUUUCUGACUGGCCUGUGGUGGUCCUGGGUGUCUGUACAGUGCUGAUUGUGGUAUGCACAUUGGUAGGCAUCCUAGUACCAGACCUGCCAGACUUCUCAGAUCCUUUACUGGGUUUUGAACCAAGGGGUACUGCAAUAGGUCAGCGGCUUGUGACAUGGAACAACAUGGUGAAAAAUACUGGCUACAAAGCAACUUUAGCCAACUACCCCUUCAAAUAUGCAGAUGAGCAAGCCAAAAGUCACCAAGAAGACAGGUGGUCAGAGGAUCACUAUGAAAGAGAUAAAAGGCAAGCAGAAUGGGACUUUAGUAAAGACAGUUUCUUCUGUGAUGUUCCAGGUGAGAGCUACUCUAGAAUUGUCUUUGCCUCUGCCGAAGGGAAGAACUUGUGGAAUAUACAAGCUAUAAAAUCCAUGUGCAAUUUUGACAAUACCAGGGUUCGUUCCCACCCCCAGUAUUGGAAUUUGUGUCAGCGCACCACAGCUGCCUCUUGUUGUCCUAGCUGGACCCUCGGAAACUACAUAGCUGUGCUCACCAACAAAUCAUCCUGCCAAAAAAUAACAGAACGAGAUGUGUCGCAUACCUUAAAGGUCCUGCGUUCCUGUGCGAAGUACUACUAUAAUGGUACGUUAGGACCUGAAUGUUGGGAUAUGAAUACUCGUCGGAAGGAUCAGCUGAAGUGUGCCAGUGUCCCCAGAAAGUGUACUAAAUACAAUGCUGUGUAUCAGAUUCUUCACUUCUUAGUGGACAAGGACUUUCUCAAUCCAAAAAGCCCUGACUUCCUUCCACCGACUCUCACGUAUAGCAUGUUGUUCUCUCCCACAGAAAAAGGUGAAAGUAUGAUGAAUAUUUACUUGGACAACUUUGAGAACUGGAACUCUUCAGAUGGCGUCACUACUGUGACUGGCAUAGAGUUUGGCAUCAAACAUAAUUUGUUCCAGGAGUACCUUCUUACAGAUACUAUGUAUCCUGCAAUCGCAAUUGUGAUUGUGCUAGCGGUUAUGUGUGUAUACACUAAAUCAGUUUUUAUCACCAUCAUGACCAUGUUUGCCAUCAUAAGCUCCCUAGUUGUCUCAUACGUCCUUUAUCGGGUGGUCUUCAAUUUUGAAUUCUUCCCUUUCAUGAAUCUUACAGCACUCAUUAUUCUUGUUGGAAUUGGUGCUGAUGAUGCUUUUGUCUUAUGUGACGUGUGGAACUACACAAAAAUGGACAAGCCAAACUCUGAACUCUCUGAAACUGUCAAUGUCACACUUCAGCAUGCUGCUUUGUCAAUGUUUGUCACCAGCUUCACCACUGCUGCUGCCUUUUAUGCCAAUUAUGUAAGCAACAUUACAGCCAUCCGUUGCUUUGGUGUGUAUGCGGGCACUGCUAUCCUGGUCAAUUAUGUUCUGAUGAUAACUUGGUUGCCCGCUGUUGUGGUCCUUCAUGAGCGUUACCUGCUGAACCUCUUCAUAUGCUUUAGGCCUCCACAUCAAACUUCUAGGGUCACAAGCUUUCUGACAAGCCUAUGUCAGAAAGCCAGCAACUGUAUGUUUGCUAUUUCGGAGACCUCUCGCAUUUUCUUUGAGAAAGUAUUGCCAUGCAUUGUAAUCAAGCUGCGCUACCUGUGGCUGUUCUGGUUCCUGGCCAUCACAGUUGGUGGAGCAUAUAUUGUUUGUGUGAACCCUAAAAUGAAAUUGCCUUCCUUGGAGCUGUCAGAAUUUCAAGUGUUUCGCUCCACACAUCCUUUUGAGCGCUAUGAUGCAGAAUACAAAAAACUUUUCAUGUUUGAGCGUGUCCAUCAUGGGGAAGAUCUUUACAUGCCUAUCACCAUUAUAUGGGGUGUUACUCCAGUAGACAGUGGGGAUCCACUGAACCCCAAAAAUAAAGGCAAACUGACACUUGAUACUAGCUUUAACAUUGCCAGCCCUGCCAGCCAGGCGUGGAUUCUCAACUUCUGUCAGAGGCUCCGAAAUCAAAGCUUUGUGUUCCAGUCUGAUGAGCAAGACUUCACCAGCUGUUUCAUGGAGACUUUUAAGCAAUGGAUGGAGAAUCAAGAUUGUGAUGAGGCUCGAGUCUACCCAUGUUGCAGUCAGUCCACGUUCCCUUACAAACAAGAUGUAUUUGAGUUGUGCAUCAAGAGAGCUAUUAUGGAGCUAGAUCGCAGCACCAUCUAUCACCUGGACAGCAAGACGCCAGGGCCAAGAUUUGACAUUAAUGAUACUAUUCGUGCUAUUGUGCUUGAAUUUCAGAGUACUUAUCACUUCACCUUAGCAUAUGAGAAAAUGCAUCAGUUUUACCGGGAGGUGGAUGCCUGGAUCCAGGAGGAGUUAAAGAAUGCUCCAGAGGGCUUAAGCUAUGGAUGGUUUGUCAGCAACUUGGAGUUCUACGACCUCCAGGACAGUCUGUCAGAUGGAACUCUUAUUGCCAUGGCAUUGUCAGUAUUGGUUGCCUUUAGUGUUAUGCUUUUGACUACCUGGAACAUCAUUAUUAGUCUUUACGCCAUAAUUUCCAUUGCUGGAACCAUUUUUGUGACUGUGGGAUCAUUGGUGCUUCUGGGCUGGGAAUUAAAUGUACUAGAGUCAGUCACCAUCUCGGUGGCUGUAGGACUUUCGGUAGACUUUGCAGUGCAUUAUGGUGUAGCAUACCGCCUCGCUCCAGAACCUGAUAGGGAGGGGAAAGUGGUUUUCUCCUUGAGCAGGAUGGGUUCAGCUAUUGCCAUGGCAGCACUCACCACCUUUGUUGCUGGAGCAAUGAUGAUGCCAUCCACAGUACUGGCCUACACCCAACUUGGCACAUUUCUGAUGCUAAUUAUGUGCAUCAGUUGGGCUUUUGCUACAUUCUUUUUUCAGUGCAUGUGCCGCUGCCUUGGUCCUCAGGGCACCUGUGGGCAGAUCCCUAUGCCUAAGACGUUUAAGUGUCAUGCUUUUGAAGUGGAUACCUCUGAUACACCUUCCAGUCAAGGUCAAGGAAAACACUGCCAGUUAAGCAAGUAUCACUCAGAUACCAGGGGGCUUGAGGUUGAGUAUGAACUUGAACCCUUGGCAACCAGUGUUACAAAUAUGGAAAAGAUAGAGGACCAAGAAGCAUGUAUUCAGCUACCCAAUGGAAAUGUUUCUUAUCACGCAGCUUGUUUUCAAAUUAAAGGCAAAAGUGAUUCUGAAAGAGAAAAUUCUGGGCCUGAUAAUGGCAUACCAAGCAUUGAUCCUGCACAUUUGCGUCAGUAUGCAUACAAUGCUAGCAAUUGUGGGGAUUCUUUAUCUCGGCACAUAUUGAGUACACAGAGGACCCUUCACCAGCCAUGUAUUCGUGCUAGAGAAUCUCCAUGCUUAGCUUCACAGUAUGGCCUGGCAAGUAAUCAUGUAGCCAAAGGUCAGAGCAUCUUGUCUACACUUGAUACAGUGCACAUGACCACCAACCAUGACAUGAACUACGUCCAGUGUGCUUCUGCCCAUUUCCAUCUGUCUUCCCAGGCUCAAACCCCAAGGCCUGGUCCCAUCAAAUCCCAUGGCUGCUACCUUAGUGGAUAUGGCAUGCACACAUUACACCUUCAGCCUCAGGCUCAACCACCUGAUGAUUCAGGACUGGAUGGGUCACUCUUAAACAACCCAUGUAAUCCCAGUCUCUCUCCUCCUGAGGGCCCCUUAGCUCUCUCCAACUCUGCAGCUCACAAUCAGAUGCCCCCAGUUCAGUGCUGCAAUUCACCUCAGACACCCAGAAUCUGUGUAACUAAUAAUGAAACACAGUCAGGGGAUAAAAUAGUGAAUCCCCAAGUCUUUCAGAACAUAGCACGUAACCACAUAAAAACAAAUGUGAAAAAUGACACUUCUGUUUUUGUGCAGGGUAACUAUGAGAAGUUUAAGAUUGCUCCUACUAUGCUGGACAGAAGUGUCCAGUGCAAACAAUAUCACAAAAACACAAACGAGAACACGGACUCCUCCAAGCAGUUAAAGUACUUUAACAGGACUAUAAAGCUGAAGUGCAAUUCUGCAGAGUUUCAUAAGCCAAAAACUGAAGCAAAUGUGCCUGUCCUUGCCAUUAGUUCGCACCCCUCAUCUGAAAGUUUAUGCUGAAGGUUAAUAGAGGAUAUAAGUAUAUACAGUAAUUGUUUUAAGGCUAUAUUUGGUGUUACUCUACAAUUAAAUGUGUGGAAUUACAUGAA